ACAAAAAAAAAAAACGAGGCCACGGAUCGAUCGAGGAAGCAAGAAACAGCACCCAAACCUCAGCCGACGCCCCCUCCUCCUCCGGAUUCUUGCGGCGUGCUGGUGCCAUGGCGCUGCGCUCUCCCUCCAGCACUUCGCCGCAGGAUCUGGGCCCCCGUUAUUCGCCGCCGGCGGACUCUCUGCCUCCCACCUCUCAGGGUGGAUCCAGCAAUGGAGCCAAAGCUGAUGUUGCUAGGAAGAAGGAGGUUGAUCAUUUGUUGGCAAAGUUUAAAAAGGAGGGAGUGGAGAUAGAUGGCAAGAUAGCUAGUAUUAUUGAUGAUGAGAUAGCUAGAAUUAAAGCUGAAGCUGAGAGGGAGAACAUCAUCAAUUGGCUGAAAAGGAACGGGCGGUUGGUAAUGCUCACUAUUUCAUCUCUUGCUUUUGGUUUCUUCCUGGGAGGGGAACUUUAUGAAAAGGCCCUCUAUGCGCAGAUGCGCGUCGUUUUUGGUGAAGAAGAAUAGCCUAGGGCUUGUGGGCCCACUCUGCUUAUGGUAAUGAUGUAACCCUUACUGUUAACACCAUGUGCUGUUCUAAGCUGCAUGGAGCAGCUGGUGCUCUGUUAAGUACUGCAGUUAAUUUGUGUUUGGUAACUGAAUCUGGUGUGCGUAGUGAUUAUCUAUGGAUCAUCUGUUGUGAUAAUUUAUGGAAUAAUUCAUGGUAUGGUGCUUUUUAACCGAAUGGUGAUUUAGUAUUCGUGGUUUCACUUCCAUAAACUGCUUGCAGAAA